AUAAAAAGACCUGUGGUCCUCAUGAAUUCCAGUGUAAAAACAACAACUGUAUUCCAGAUCAUUGGCGUUGUGAUAGUCAAAAUGACUGCAGCGAUAAUUCAGAUGAAGAAAACUGUAAGCCACAGACCUGUACAUUGAAAGAUUUUCUCUGUGCCAAUGGGGACUGCGUGUCUUCAAGAUUUUGGUGUGAUGGAGAUUUUGACUGUGCAGAUGGCUCUGAUGAGAGAAAUUGUGAAACUAGUUGUUCCAAAGAUCAGUUCCAGUGUUCCAAUGGUCAGUGCAUAUUAGCAAAGUGGAAAUGUGAUGGCCACGAGGACUGUAAAUAUGGGGAAGAUGAGAAAAACUGUGAACAAGCUUCUCCUACCUGCUCAUCAAGUGAAUAUGCAUGUGCCAGCAGAGGAUGUAUUUCAGCAUCUUUGAAAUGUAAUGGAGAAUAUGAUUGUGCUGACGGUUCAGAUGAGAUGGACUGUGUGACUGAAUGCAAGGAAGAUCAGUUUCGGUGCAAAAACAAAGCCCACUGUAUUCCAAUUAGAUGGCUGUGUGAUGAAAUUCGUGACUGUGUGGAUGGCAGUGACGAAGACAGCUGUGAAAGAGGUGGGAAUAUAUGUAGAGCUGAUGAGUUCCUUUGCAAUAAUUCCCUUUGCAUACUACAUUUCUGGGUGUGUGAUGGAGAAGACGACUGUGGAGACAGCUCUGAUGAAGCCCCUGACAUGUGUGUCAAAUUUCUUUGCCCACCCACAAGACCUCACCGAUGCCGAAAUAACAGAAUAUGCCUGCAGUCUGAGCAAAUGUGCAAUGGGAUUGACAACUGUGGGGACAACUCAGAUGAAGAUCACUGUAGUGGUAAGCUUACAUAUAAAGCAAGGCCUUGUAAAAAGGAUGAGUUUGCUUGCAGUAAUAAAAAAUGUAUCCCCAUGGACCUCCAGUGCGAUAGACUCGAUGACUGUGGUGAUGGUUCAGAUGAGCAAGGCUGCAGAAUAACUCCAACUGAAUAUACCUGCAAAGAUAAUGUGAAUCCAUGUGGAGAUGAUGCAUAUUGUAAUCAAAUAAAAACAUCUGUUUUCUGUCGCUGUAAGCCUGGAUUUCAGAGAAACAUGGAAAACAGACAGUGUGAAGACCUUAAUGAAUGUUUGGUGUUUGGCACAUGUUCCCAACAAUGUAUAAAUAUGGAAGGAUCGUAUAAAUGUGUGUGUGACCAGAAUUUUCAAGAAAGAAAUAGCACCUGUAUAGCAAAAGGCUCUGAAGAUCAAGUUCUCUACAUUGCUAAUGACACUGAUAUCCUGGGUUUUAUAUAUCCAUUCAACUACAGUGGCGAUCAUCAACAAAUUUCUCACAUUGAACAUAAUUCAAGGAUAACAGGGAUGGAUGUAUAUUAUCAAAGAGAUAUGAUUAUUUGGAGUACCCAGUUUAAUCCAGGAGGAAUUUUCUAUAAAAGGAUCCAUGGCAGAGAAAAAAGGCAAGCAAACAGUGGCUUGAUUUGUCCUGAAUUUAAAAGGCCCAGGGACAUUGCAGUUGACUGGAUUGCUGGAAAUAUUUACUGGACUGAUCAUUCUAGAAUGCACUGGUUCAGUUACUACACCACUCACUGGACCAGUCUGAGGUACUCUAUCAACGUAGGGCAGGUGAAUGGCCCCAACUGCACCAGGCUUUUAACAAAUAUGGCUGGAGAACCCUAUGCUAUUGCUGUAAAUCCUAAAAGAGGGAUGAUGUAUUGGACGGUCGUUGGGGACCACUCCCACAUAGAGGAAGCAGCCAUGGACGGUACUCUGAGAAGGAUUUUAGUACAAAAGAACUUACAGAGACCUACAGGUCUGGCUGUGGAUCUUUUUAGUGAACGCAUAUACUGGGCUGACUUUGAGCUCUCCGUGAUCGGCAGUGUUCUGUAUGAUGGCUCUAAUUCAGUGGUCUCUGUCAGCAGCAAACAAGGUUUGUUGCAUCCACACAGGAUUGAUAUCUUUGAAGAUUAUAUAUAUGGAGCAGGACCAAAAAAUGGUGUAUUUCGAGUGCAAAAAUUUGGCCAUGGCUCAGUGGAGUACCUAGCUUUAGAUGUGGAUAAAACAAAAGGUGUUUUAAUAUCUCAUCGCUACAAGCAACUACAUUUACCCAAUCCAUGCUUGGAUUUAGCAUGUGAAUUCCUCUGCUUACUGAAUCCUUCUGGGGCCACCUGUUUGUGCCCAGAAGGAAAAUAUUUGAUUAAUGGCACCUGCAAUCAUGACAGCCUGUUAGAUGACUCAUGCAAACUGACUUGUGAAAAUGGAGGAAGAUGUAUGGUAAAUGAGAAGGGUGAUUUGAGGUGUCACUGUUGGCCUAGUUAUUCAGGAGAAAGAUGUGAAGUCAACCACUGUAGCAACUACUGCCAAAAUGGAGGAACUUGCAUGCCAUCAGCUCUGGGGAGACCAACCUGCAGAUGUGCACUGGGAUUCACUGGACCAAACUGUGGUAAGACCGUCUGUGAGGAUUUUUGUCAGAAUGGAGGGACCUGCACUGUAACUGCUGGGAACCAGCCUCACUGCCACUGCCACCCUGAAUACACUGGAGACAGAUGUCAGUACUAUGUGUGUCACCACUAUUGUGUGAAUUCUGAAUCAUGUACCAUUGGAGAUGAUGGAAGUGUUGAAUGUGUAUGUCCAAUACGCUACGAAGGACCAAAAUGUGAGGUUGACAAAUGUGUAAGGUGCCAUGGGGGGCACUGCAUUAUAAACAAAGACAGUGAAGAUAUAUUUUGCAACUGCACUAAUGGAAAGAUUGCCUCUAGCUGUCAGUUAUGUGAUGGCUAUUGUUACAAUGGUGGCACGUGCCAGCUGGACCCUGAGACAAAUGUACCUGUGUGUCUAUGCUCUGUGGGGUUUAAAAGUCAGCGCUGUGACCAGAAAGAGAACCCUUGUGAUCACUACUGUCAGAAUGAGGGGAUUUGCACUUUAACUGCGUUUAAUGAGCCGAGAUGCAAAUGCUCCACCAACUGGUCAGGCACACAGUGUGAGAGGCCAGCCCCGAAGAGCAGCAAGUCUGAUCAUAUCAGUACAAGAAGCAUUGCCAUCAUUGUGCCUCUCGUCCUCUUGGUGACUUUGAUAACCACCUUAGUAAUUGGUUUAGUGCUUUGUAAAAGAAAAAGAAGGACAAAAACAAUUAGAAGACAACCUAUUAUCAAUGGAGGAAUAAAUGUAGAAAUUGGCAAUCCAUCUUAUAACAUGUAUGAGGUGGAUCAUGAUCACGAUGGAGGUCUCUUAGAUCCUGGCUUUAUGAUAGAUCCAACAACGGCCAGGUAUAUAGGGGGAGGGCCCAGUGCUUUCAAGCUUCCACACACAGCGCCGCCCAUCUACCUAAACUCUGAUUUGAAAGGACCACUAACUGCUGGGCCAACAAAUUACUCAAAUCCAGUGUAUGCAAAAUUAUAUAUGGAUGGGCAAAACUGUCGAAACUCCUUAGGAAGUGUUGAUGAAAGGAAAGAACUGCUUCCAAAGAAAAUAGAAAUUGGUAUAAGAGAGACAGUGGCAUAAUCAGCGAUAACUUUUAUAUGCUGUAUAAAUGUAUAAAAUAUAAGGAUUACUUUUGUAUGUUCCAACAGUAUUAUACUUGUUUUGGCAUCAGCAUUACCUCCUUCUUUAUCUUUUCCCUGGUUAAUUGUUUGAGUUUUUUGGGUUUUAUUUUUUGCUGAUGACUAUUGAUUGACCAUUUGUAUGGUAUUUUUAUGAAAAAUAACUGCACUACAGUACAAUUUACAACAAUGCUGCUGAUAUGACACACCUUUGAAUUUGUUAAAAUUAAAAACAACGUAUUCCUUUGUAGUGUGAAUAUGAGCAAUCUAUUUUAUAUGAACUUUUUUGGUUCUAUUUAAUCAACCAAGAGAAUCUCUGCACUUUUUCAUUAUAUGGUCUGAAAGCUGUGAUACAAUGUCAUUUUAUUUUUCUGUUUAAAUUGAUGGAAGAAUGAUAGAAUGGUCAACUCUCUUCUUUGUGCCCAUGAAGAUUGAUCCAGACUCCACUGAAAAUAUAUAGCCCUCACAAGUUCAGCAUCACAUGCUUUGAAAUUAGACUUAGAUUGCCAAGUGAUAGGUGAAAAUUUGGGGGGAAAACUUUAAAAUAUAUGUAAAAUUAAUAAUUUGCAUGAACACAGAUGACUACAUUUUCCAAAACAUAGUGGGCUCUAUGUGAUAUACUAAACGUAUACACCCUGUAAGCAAUAGUUAUAUUUAGGUGGCAGAACAUAGCAAAAAUAUAACCGAAAGUGGACAGACCACACUUGCUAUGAGAUAAGACCUUUUGUUCUCCCUCAGUCCCGAGGUAAAUAGCCAGCCUAGAGCACAACAGGGCAUUGGGUACUGAUGUCAUGCAUUUCUUCCCAGUCAUGUGAAUUUUGUGGAAAAUUAACCCAACCCCUUACCAUACUGAAAACUAAAGGAUAAUGUAUAAGCACACAAAUUGAUAAAAGAAUUCCAAUUAUGUGAAUGCAUUCUCUUUGCUAGGUCAAAGGGAAGUAGCAAAACAGCUAUUUUGGUAUAUAGUAAUUGGUAAAUAUUUUCAAGAUGCAAUAUAACUAAUCGAUUAUUUGCCCUACCCAAAAUGUAUUCUUCAAGGACCUUCCAAGUUAUAGAAGAACAAUAUCUGCCCAUUAUCAAAGGUGGAGAGUUUAAAAUGUUACCCUGGUACUCUGGUUUCUUUUGGUUAUACAGAACACAUGGACCCCAUUCACUUUUUUUGUUUGUUUGUUUGUUUUCAAAUUUUGAUUGAAAUAAGCAAGAUAUUAUUUAAGUUGUAUAAAAAAGGAUAGCAUUUUUAUACAAAUAUCUUUAAAGGCACAAAAGAUUUAUUCACAAGUUGUGGAGGGCUUUUUGUUCCUCUGAUAGACAUGACUGACUUUUAGCUGUCAUAAUGUAUUAACCUAACAGAUGAAAUAUGUUUGUGGUUGCUCUUUAUCCCUUUGUACAAGCAUUAAAAAACUGCUGUUUUAUAAGGAGACUUUUUGUUGUACUAUGUGCAUGCAUACUACCUAUUUCUAAACUUUGCCAUAUUGAGGCCUUUAUAAACUAUUGAUUUAUGUAAUACUAGUGCAAUUUUGCUUGAAUAAUGUUAUGCAUAUCAUAAACUUUUUCAGGUUCUUGUUUAAGUACAUUUUUUAAAUUGAACAGUAUUUUUCAUUUUGGUUAUAAUAGUCAUUUUGCCUAUGUUUCUACAAUGAAGUGUUAAAUACUUUAUAAAAAAUUGUUGACUGACUUAUUUAAAUGAAAUUCUACAUAUUUAA